CGGCAAAGGAUGGGGGUGGGUGGGGGGAGCGGUUGUGUAGCGCGGCGAGGACGGUGCCAACGGAGGGAAGGGGAUGCCGGCCAGGAGGACUGGGACGGGCGUGCGGCGAGGAGAAGCCCCCUUUCGCCGUCGCCUCACGCCCGUCGGAUGGCUGCGCCCCCCAUCUUCGGUGCCCCCCCGUUCCGUCAACCUCCCCUUCCUGGCGCCGUGUCUCAUAAUGCGGAUAAAUUGCUUCCGAGUUCGCUCUUCUCGCCCAUCUGCUCUCGCAGUCGAGGGGACUGAAGAGUGUUUUUUUAGGUCCUCCUUGUAGUGUUGGCAGCGAUGGUUCAGUCCGCGCGCAAUUAGGCAGGGGUUUAAAAUCCAUGGGGCUUUGAAGAGAAUUGCUCCAGAGUGAAAAGUCUGUGGUGGUAUAGGUAUAUUAACCCCAUAACAGGCGGCGAAUGUUACGAUAUAUGGAGGGUGCUGAAAUGUAGGACUUGGUGGGUGGAGUCUAUGUAAAGGGAGGCUUUGCUGUGAAUGUGAAAGAGACUUUGUGUUACCCGCUUAGUCUCUUUGUUCUCCGAGUUCAGCUUGUACUACUGUGGUUCAUCAUACACCUUCACCCAGCCGCUGCUUCUGUUAACUUGUUUGGGCUGCAUAUCAAAUUCAAGUUUCUAAGGGGUUCAGACAAAUUCUUGAGAUGGUAAUGCUGAGGGAGGGGGGAAAUGUGUGGAAUGGUGAGCUCUGUGGAUGCAAACUAUUCAGAAGGGCCUUUUUUUUAAAGGGUGAUUGUACUGUACUGUAACAGUAGCUGUUAGUCUUGUGAGAGAACAUGAGAGUUCAAAUAUUUUAAAGCUAAAUCGUUUGCCAUUUGUAACCUUCAAUGUUUCCUGGUGUGACAGCUUUGGUAAAAGAUAAGCCAUUGAUAGAAGCUUUUAAAACGUUGUGUGCAGAGACUCUCGAAUAUUUUAAAUGUCUUCAACCACCAACCACUUUUUGUGAUUACAGCAACAAUAAACACAUAAAUAAAUAAAUAAAUAAAUAGGGACUGCAGUGAGGUUUUUGUUGUAAGUUUUACUUAAUGUACAGGUAAUAGGUUAAGACCCACUCUUUCCAUUUACUUAUUUGGUUGUGAUUUAGAAUAACAGUGAAAAAUAGCCUUUCUAAUGCAGAAGUCACAAAUAUUUUUAAAUACAAUGAGCUGGAUAUGUUGAAGCAGACUUGCACUGACUUAGGCAACUGGUUGAUUCUAACCUACCUCUGGGUCUCAAGCAGAGGUUAUUCCCAACACUGAUACCUAAGAUACUUUUAGCUAGAGAUACCAGGGAUUGAACCUUUUACAUUCAAAACGUUUUCCUUACCAGAAGUUAUGGUUCUGAACAAACAGCAUUGGGCUGCCAACAUAUGUAACAAAAUUAAGAAAUAAGACUGACAUUAAGAACAUGGUAAGAGCCUACUGAAUCAGGCCAGUGGCUCAUCCACCAUCCUGUUUUCAUAGUGGCCACACGGAUGCCUGUGGGAAGACUGCAAGCUAGACAUGAGUGCAACAUCACUCUACCCAACUGGUAUUGAGAGGCACAAUGCCUCUCACAGUUGAGAUAGAGAGAGACCAUUACCAGCAUGGCUAGUAGCUGUUUACAACCUUGUCCUGCGUGAUUUUUUUUAAUCCUCUUUUAAAGCUGCCUAAGUUGGUGGCCAUUGAUGCCUCCUGUGGGAGUGAGUUCCAUUGUUUAAUUAUGUGUUGCCUAAAGUACUUUCUUUUAGCUGCCCUCAUUCUUCCAACAUUCCGCUUCAUUGGAUGUCCAUGAAUGUUAUGAGAGAGGAAGAAAAACUUUUCUCUAACCACUAUCUCCAUGCCAUGCAUGAUUUCAUAAACAUCUAUCAUGUCACCUCUUGCCUUUUGUUAUUUUUAGGAAUUGAUGGUGAAUUUGAACCCCGUGUCCAAUCACUUUCAAAACAUAGCUUGAAUUAGAUUUUUCCCCCCAAGUUGCCCUUUUAGUUUCUUUACUUAGUGAUUGUGGCACUACAUGGCUUUCCUGGAAAGUGUGGAAAUAAUCAAUAUCCGGGAGUAAUAUAGCUGAUUGCCCGUUGAUUGUUUUGUAUGAGAGAUUAAACAAAUCUGAAACAUUAAGAUUAAACCUUUCUAUCUCAUUUGUUCAGCAGAAUCAAGAUAAGGAAGUAAGUGAAUGAGUUCAAGACAGUUUGACAAGCCUAUGAAAAUAUCUUUCCAUUGCACUCUGGGUGUGCUGACCCCUGCGAUUUCCCCAAAUGUGGGAAGCUCAACUGCAUAAUUUGUGCAGGACAAAAGGAACAAGCUGUUGAAUGGUACAGAAAGGGGAUUGAAGAACUGGAAAAAGGAAUAGCUGUGCUAGUUACUGGUCAAGGAGAUCAUUGUGAUCGAGCUCGCCGUCUGCAGUCUAAAAUGGUGACAAAUUUGGCAAUGGCGAAGGACCGUUUGCAGCUGUUAGAGAAGAUGCAGGCAGUUAAGCAAAUUCCCAAGCUGCAAAUGGAAAUCUGUAGUGACAGUACUAACCUGGUAUGCCGCAAUGGACAUCUCCAGUCAGAAAGUGGAGCUGUUCCAAAAAAGAAGGACCCAUUGACUCAAACGAGUAACUCACUCCCUCGUUCAAAAUCUGUGGCAAAAACUGGAUCUGUGGGGCUUUCAGGGCACCAAAGGACACCUAGUUAUAGUGGAAUAUCCAAUUUUUCUGUACCUAGACAAGGAACUGUUCCUGCAGCUUCAACUCAGAAGGCUACUCCGAAAAAUAAUAGAGCCAACAAGCCUUCUACUCCUACAACUGCUGUACGAAAAAAGAAAGACAUGAAGGUUUUUAGAAAUGUGGACAGUAAUCUUGCUAAUCUUAUUCUCAAUGAAAUAGCAGACAGUGGGCCAUCUGUCAAAUUUGAUGAUAUUGCUGGGCAAGAGCUGGCUAAGCAGGCACUGCAAGAAAUUGUUAUUCUUCCUUCACUUAGACCUGAGCUGUUUACAGGGCUUAGGGCUCCUGCACGUGGAUUGUUGUUGUUUGGCCCACCAGGAAAUGGAAAGACGAUGUUGGCCAAAGCAGUGGCUGCAGAAUCAAAUUCAACUUUCUUUAACAUAAGUGCUGCAAGUCUAACAUCAAAAUAUGUUGGUGAAGGAGAGAAACUAGUGCGUGCUCUUUUUGCAGUAGCCAGAGAACUCCAACCUUCUAUAAUUUUUAUAGAUGAAGUGGAUAGUCUCUUAUGCGAAAGAAGAGAAGGUGAACAUGAUGCUAGUAGACGUUUAAAAACGGAAUUUUUAAUAGAGUUUGAUGGUGUACAGUCUUCAGGAGAAGACCGAAUACUUGUAAUGGGAGCAACUAACAGGCCACAAGAGCUUGAUGAUGCUGUUCUCAGGCGAUUCAUCAAACGAGUGUAUGUAUCUUUACCAAAUGAAGAGACACGACUGCUUUUACUAAAAAAUCUUUUGAGCAAGCAAGGAAAUCCAUUAACCCAAAAAGAGUUGGCACAGCUAGCUAGAAUGACAGAGGGAUACUCAGGGAGUGACUUAACAGCAUUAGCAAAAGAUGCAGCACUGGGUCCUAUACGAGAACUAAAACCAGAGCAAGUGAAGAACAUGUCUGCCAGUGAGAUGAGAAAUAUCAAAUUAUCAGACUUCACUGAGUCCUUGAAGAAAAUAAAACGCAGUCUCAGCCCACAGACCCUGGAAGCUUAUAUUCGCUGGAACAAGGACUUUGGAGACACAACAGUUUAAUAUGCAUCUUUGUCAAAGGAAGGGAAGAAUGUUGCCAACAAGGGACGGUUGAUGCAAACUGCUGCUGGAAUGUGACCAGAGUUUACAAGACUUUAUAGAACUCUAAAUAUCUGCACUAAAACAGGGAACUGACUUAAGGAAAAAAUGAAUAGAAAUAGGUUGAUCAACAUCUCAUAAAUCUUAACAUCUGGAUUUACAGAACCCAGGGCACUGUAAGAUAGAGCACAGUAAUAUGACACAGGGGAAGACCUCUAGCAAUUGAACAAUGGUAGGAAAUGUAAUUUGUAUAUUUUGUUGAUGAAGUAUUCCAGUAGGAUUCUCAGUUGGGAAACCCCUUUUAAAAUUUGCUCAUGACAUUUGCUUUUGCUUUGUUGUACACUACUAAUUGUAAGAGUAUGAGUCAUACUCUCUCUUUUUUUUUACCUAUGUAUCAAUUAUGUGCCAAAUAAAAACACUUCAUAUGCA